GGGAGGCGGCCUGAGCCCCUGGGAGCGCUGGGAUCUUUCUAGGUGGGAUGGGGGCUCAGCAGAGUGGGCAGGGCAUGAGCCUGACAGAGAGGCCCCUGUGGCCUUGGGUGGAGGAUACGGUGCAGGGCCACAUGGUGAGUGUGGAGCCUGGGAGAGGACCCGGCGGAGGGGCUGCUGGUGACUUAGCAUCAGUUCAGAAGCGGGAGAUCUGGCACCAAAGCCCCAGACUACCAAUGCAGCUCUGCCCCCUCCUGGCUUCCCGGCCCUGGACAGUUUAUCAAGAGGAGCCCCAGGUUCUUCAUGGGUAGAAUCAAGACAGGGGUGGGACAUGGGAGAUUCAUGAACUACUUGGGAGCCGACAGGCCUUCCUGAUGGCUCGGAUGUGGGGAUGCAGGAGGAAAGGUCUGAGGUGUCCCCAGGACCUGGGCUUGGGCACCGUGGAUUGUGGUGGUGCCUCCAAGGGCAUUCUGGAGCACAACCGGGGUCUCUUGGAGCACGGGUGAGCUCACUGGCCCCGCACAGGCCCAGGGACUCGCCCAGUGACUCCUGCAGCAGCUCCCCGUCCCCACUGUGCUGAGAGCUCGGGGGUCGGGGCCAUCCAGUCCUGUGUUCAAGGACAUGCAUGGAAGGUGUGGGGAAGAGAGUCUCAGCCUCACUGUGACUGGUCCGAGAGCCCCCGCCUCCCCCGGCCACAGACGGAGUCCCUGCAUCUCCAGGAGGGUGUCCAGCCCUAAGCCCAAGGUCAGCACAGAAGCCAUGCGGCCCAGCACGUGUUCUCGGGCUCAAGGUUGAGCUCUCUGCCCACCAGGGAGCUGCGUCCAGGCAGGAUGGAAGGUUCCAGAAGAGCCUGAGUCUGGGAGUAGGCACUGCCACCUUGAGCUCUCGGGGUCUACCCAGCAAGCCCCCUUUGUGGGGGGAGACCCUGUGAAUGGUCGGGGGGAUCCUUGGGCUCCGGGGUGGACAGUGGACCCCAGACAGGGCAACCUUUAUUUCAGAUGAAUAAACUGGCCUUUUACUUUGUGUAUCAUUCCUGACAACACUGCGGCAGCACGAGCAUCACCACGUCUGCACGUUAGUAAAGAUUAUCGCAAUUCCCGGCAUGGAACAGAGUCCUGAGCACAAGAAAGGACUUUGAGAGUCUCCGCUUGGGGCUGCAGAGCCCUGCGGGGACUUGGGCGACAUCCCUGAACUCAGAGUGAGAAGGCGAGGCCACAGAGGACCCACAGGCCCAGGCAGAGUCAGCAGGGAAGCGGCCAGCCAUGGGCGCCUGCUCAGAAGACCCCCACCUGUACGAGGCCUCUGGGCUCCUGCGAUUCACCAGCCUCCUCCUCAGUGUCUGCAGCGCUGUGACCCAGAGUCCUGGAGCCCCUGAGUCUGCAGUGGAUGAUUCUGGAAACCCUGUUCCUCUGAAGGGGAUUCAAGGAGCUUCUGUGCUGUUUCUAGUGAUCAGAAAUCCAGAAUUACUUCCAGAAGUCGAGCUGGAGAGUAUUACUUGGGGCAUUAUAAAUCAAAAACUGUACACACCCGUACUCCAAGUCAGUCCCAGGGGAGAUGUUCCACGAUGGGUCAACUUCCAGGACAAGUUUGAAAAGAGGGUCCAUGUGGUCAACACAACGACCCUGAGGAUUGACAACCUGACCCUUGAGGACAGUGGGCUGUACCGGGUUCAACAGUCCUAUACAAGAGGAAGACAGUAUCACCAGGAUUUCCACCUGACGGUCUACGAAAUCCGAUGCUGUGAGGUCAGCACAAGUGCAGGCAGAGCUGAGACUCACACCAGGGACGAGUCACGGGGAGGAAGCCAGAGCUUCAGGGAGAAUCCGCAGGAAAAAGCAGGAGCUGUGAUGUUCUCCACUCACGUAGGGUUCUGUCCUCUCAUCCCUCCCUCCCCAGAGGCUGUGCCCCGUCCCCAGAUCCGGGCCACAGUUCUGUCCCUCACACCAGGCUGGUGCAACAUCACCAUGGAGUGUAACACCACAGAAACCAGGAAGAACCUGACGGUGACCUGGGAGAAUGAGAGCCUCCCCAGGGAGCUGGAGCAGAGACCGGCCCCAGGACCAGCCCCCAACCCCUGGACCCUGGCUGUGACCCUGCCCCUGAGCCGGCCCAGCCCCAGCCUCACCUGUGUGGUCAGCAACCAGGCGGACAAGAAAGCUGCCUCCCAGGACCUUGGGGACGUCUGUGGCCGCGACCAGUGCUGCCCACUUGCCUGGUAUCUUGGCAUCUGUGUGGUCCUGCUGCUGAUCCUCGGAGCUGGAGCUGGGCUGUACCUUUGGAAGAGACGUGGAAUGAAGAACGUGGAGCCUGGGAGAGGCAGGUUGCACUUCUCCUUCCCAUGUCCAGACACCUCCAUCCCUCGUUGAACUCUGGGCUCCUUUUCAACAACAUUUUGCUGCUCGGGGAUUGUCCCUGCAGGAGGCUGGCAGGUGUGGCUA